AUGUUAAUAAUAAAAAUAUAUAAUUUAAAUAUAUUUUUAUUUUUUUCUAUUCCUUAUUUAUUUGCCAUUGAUGGAAGUAUAAUAUUAAAAGAAUUGGGAGAAAAACAAUAUCAUUUAAUUAAAGCAAAAUCAUCCUUAUCUCAACAUGGAAUUUGUUGGCAAAAUGCUAUUAAAACAAUAAAAAUUGAUUGUAAUAAAUUAAAUGAUCAAGAACAUUCUCUUCUUGCCUUAAAAUUAACAAAUUGUUUUUUAAAAGAUAGUGGACAUGAGACAUAUGAUUGUUAUCUUAUUAAUUCAGAAUAUCAACGCAGAAAUUGUAUUAAUAAUAUGUCAGAUAGAGCAUUUAAUGUAUAUAAUGAAUUUUAUAUACAUACUAUGCACAUGUGUUUUUAUUUAAAUUAUGAAGCUUGGCAAGUUCAAACUGACAACAUGGUUAAACAAUUAUAUCAUGUUUCUUCUCGAAUGAAAGAACAAUUAUUAGAAGCUACAGAAAUGCAAGAAAUUAUACUUGAUAAUCAAAAACAGAGUCUACAAAUGCAAAAUAAACUUUUAAAUCAUGGAAAAGAACUUGGUAUUGUAUUAAAAUCUUCUUCUGAAAGUGUUAAUAAUUUAGUUAAAGAUUUCAAAGAAUCUGCAAAAGAUCAAAAAGAAUUAUUGUAUGAAAUCUUCUCAUACUUUCGUUCUUUUCAAAAUUGGAUUGUUGGAGAAGUUUCUUGGUUUCAAUCAAUUAUUUAUUACAUAAUUAGUUGUAUUUUAUGUGCAUUAUUUAGUUCUUCUAAAAAAACUGUAGAUGCAAGAAUCACUCUUUUUUCAAUUUUAAGUUUGAAUAUAAUAGUAGAACGAAUGUUGGUUCAAUAUUAUAAUAAUAUGCAUUAUUCCAAUGACAAUCAGAACUAUUUAUUAAAUACAAUAUGGAUAUGUAGAAAAGUAGUUCUUACUCUUUGUGCCAUUACAUUAUUUUGUACAUAUUAUUAUUAUAAAGAUGAACAAAUAGAAAAUAAUAAAGCAUUAAAACGUAUUGAACAUCAAUUAAACACUAUACAAGAAGUUACGUCUAUUUCUACUAAAUAUCCAAUUCGUUAUUCUACACGAUUAAGAAUGAAGCAUUUACAAGCACAGGUUAAACAGAUUGAUAAUGAAAUUCUUUCAUAA